AUGGAUAAAAUACUGCGACCAGAACGUUUUAACGCCGAUCCAAGCGACUCUGGAGCUAGGAAAUCAUGGAUUCAUUGGAAGCGAACUUCCGAAAAUUUUCUCGCUGUUUUAGGGGAAGCUGAUAUUGAUAAGUUUGGAGUUUUGACGAACUUUGUAUCACCUACAGUUUAUGAAUACAUAGAAGAAUGUACCACCUACGGAUCAGCGAUCGAAACGCUUCAAAAUAUUUACGUAAAACCAACUAACGAAAUUUACGUCCGACACGUACUUGCAACUCGACGGCAGCAGGCUGGCGAAACUCUAGAUGAGUAUUUACAGGCUCUCAAAGUGUUAAGCAAGGAAUGUAACUUUCAAUCUGUCAAUGCUGCAAAGUACUGCGAAGAAUACAUUCGAGAUGCAUUCAUUACGGGCUUAAAUUCAAACCAAAUUCGUCAGAGACUAUUAGAAAUAAAACUCUGGAUCUAA